CCCAAAGAAGGCUGUUCCUGUCCCGGAAAGAGAGGAUGGUGGGAGGCGGUGGAAGGCAGAAGGUGGCGUCGAUGCUGCCGUAUCUCGUGAAGACGCUUCGGAAAGAAACCCUAAAACCCUCCAAUCAAACCCUUCCUUCGCUCAGGCGCACGUUUUCUCUUUAUGAUCAGAUAAAUCUCAUCGACAGCGUGCCUGAAGGUCAACUUCGGUUCCAACGGUAUUCUGACACAGGAUUUACAGUUAAUGGUGUAGAGUAUGAGGGGAGCUUGCUUAUUGUAGAGAACAAGGUUAUGUCAUGGGCCCCAAAAAAUUUUUCAGAGAUUACUGCUGAAAGUCUAUCCAUAUUUCAAAUUCUGCGGCCAGUUCCAGAGAUUCUGAUUCUUGGCUGUGGAAGGCACAUCGAGCCAGUGAGCUCUGAGCUCCGUCGCUUCAUACGGUCUACAGGAAUGAAAUUGGAAGCAAUUGAUUCGAGAAAUGCUGCUUCUACUUACAAUAUAUUAAAUGAAGAAGGGAGGCCGGUGGCUGCUGCACUUGUUCCCCACGGAACUACUCCACAAUCUUCAUCUACCAUGUAAGUGGCCAAGAAUAUCCUGGCGUUGUAUCUACAUUGCAAUGUCGUUUCCUACCCUGGCUGAAGAUCAAAGUUGUCUUUUCCCCCUUGAAUCAAUUAUCCUUUUGAUGCUUACGUUUUCUCGGGAGUCUAAGGACAUUAAAGUGAGAGAGAUUGUCCUGGCCAGACAGCAAGAAAAAUGCUUAGAUGCGGCUAGUCUCGUAAACUUUUUGUUCCCAAUCAAAUCUCACACCUAUUAUUACCCUGAAAAGAAGUUCACGUCUCAAGACGUGCACAGAUGCUUUUGACAUUCUAGAGCUGUUUCUACCUUCUGGCUUGGCUUUUUCGGCUUUUUCUAGAUGUAUGGUUUGUGAUCCGUGUGGUGGUUAUUAUUUGUUGAGGGUUUAUUCAUCUUGUUUCAUCCAUUUGCGCAGCUUCUAUUGAA